AUCCAGGAGAUGGUCCACUCGGACGCCACAUCCUAUGAGUCCAACCGUCAAGUGCCCCUGAUCAAUCGCCCCGGGAUGUUAGCCGGCCCCAUGAGCGCUCUCAGCCAGUCUCAGCUGAUUUCUCAGAUGGGGAUGCGGAGCGGUGUAACCCACGGUUCCCCAUCGCCCCCGGGAAGUAAGUCUGCUACGCCAUCUCCCUCCAGUUCUACUCAGGAAGAGGAGACAGAGUCACAUUACAAGGUUACUGGAGAGAAAAGACCAUCAACAGACCUGGGCAAAAAGCCCAAAAGCCAAAAGAAGAAGAAAAAGAAGGAUCCCAAUGAGCCCCAGAAGCCGGUGUCAGCGUACGCCCUAUUUUUCAGAGACACGCAAGCAGCCAUCAAAGGGCAAAACCCCAAUGCUACCUUUGGAGACGUAUCAAAAAUUGUUGCGUCAAUGUGGGAUAGUUUGGGAGAAGAACAAAAACAAGCGUACAAAAGGAAAACAGAAGCCGCGAAGAAGGAGUACCUGAAAGCCCUGGCAGCGUACCGGGCCAGCCUGGUCUCCAAGAGCUCUGCCGACCAGGGGGAGACGAAAAGCACCCAGAGCAAUCCACCUUCCAAAAUGAUUCCCCCCAAGCAGCCCAUGUACCCGAUGCCGCCGCAGGCUUCCUCACCCUACCCUGGCCUGGGCUCAUUCCUGUCCCCAUCGGACCUGCAGAACUACCACCCGCAGAGCUCCCUCCUCAGCCAGCCCCUCAGCAUGCAGCAGGUCCCCCAACAGCCCCUCCUGUCCCCCCCCAUGGCACUACAGGUACAGCCCCCCAUCAACGCCUCGCCUCCAGGGCAGCAGGACUUCUCACAUAUUUCGUCUGAGUUUCAAAACAGUGUUGGACCCCGUUCGCCUGGUGCAUCAAACCCUCCAGGAAGCACCGAGUGGGACAACGACUACCCCAGCAGGGAGUGUGGGAUUAACCACUGCAGCAUGCUGCCAAGGGACAAGGCACUCUACCUCACCUAAAACUCAACAUCUCUUUUCGCGGAGGCUCAGACGAAGGACACUUGAGAGGGUCUAACUUACAGACUACCCGGAGAGGCACCGAGCAAGUCGUACGGACGAGAGAGCUGCCACUGCACCUCGUCACUGGCUUCGUUUCCAGGCUCUAAGAGCAGUUGUCUUUUAUUAUUUUUGAACUCUAAAGUCUACUUUCUGUGGAAGCCCAAAAACCUCAUAAAUCAUGAAGAACAAAAAAAAAAAAAAUUACAAAAAAAAAAAAUAAAAUAAAUAAACACAAAACCAACAAAAAAAAAUAAACUAAGGACACGGUUUUUCUGCUUGCCAUCAGCUUAGCUACAGACUAUUUUCCUAGUGAACUGCUUUUAGACGCAGCAUAGGCCCAGGUCUGGUGUCCUACAGCAUUAGGCCAGCUCAGUAGGAGGAUGCACUCUUUUGACUUGCUAACAGCACUAAACUUUGUGCAAGAAAAUGUGAAGUUUGUGUGAAUAUUGUACAUGCAAAGGCCUUGGAUGU